GAUUGGCAACUUCUGCGGCCUACUGCAGCUGGAGGGGACCAAAUCAGAUGGAUACAAACAUGAUUCUACAAACAGGGACAUCAAUGGCAUUCCCAGGACGACAUUUCUUUAUUAUCCACAAGUCCUCCAGGUUGUAAACCAGCUGUCUCCAAUACCGCUCUCUUCGUUAUUUAUCGCAGCGAGUGGUACUGUGGUACUAAGCCAGGCUCCAUCUUGCAACGCGCCCAGCCUCUCUUGCCCAUCUCAGCGAAUAGUACCUACUCGGAUGGCAGUAUUCAGAAGUGAGCAUUCAGACGGCAUGGCCGAAAUCUCGGAGAGCAAACCCACAUCUAGAUCGGGUGAUGCCAACGCGACCCAAAGACUGCAACCCAAUACGCUCGUCAAUGGAUAUCUCCUGGAACACCUCCCGAUCUACCGCGAGCUUUGUGAGCUCCGGAGACAGGGCUGGCAAAAUGAGGCAGGGGAUACCCAUUUCCAGCAGCAACGCCAGCGGGCCGACAACGCCGACGACAAAGGGAAGGUGGUAUUCUUCAAGAUGAUGCGCGCCAUUGGCCUUGAGCUGGACAGAGCGACGUCGGCCCUGACCAUCCAGGGUGGCGGCAACUCGCAGCCCGCCAUCCUGGAUCUCUGCAUGGCCCCCGGAGGUUUCUCGGCAGCCGCCCUCUAUCGCAACCCAUCCGCGCUCGUCCGCGGCAUCAGUCUUCCCCCGUCCCAGGGUGGCCACGAGAUGCUCCUCCGCGAAGCGUCCACGACGGAUUCCGACGCUCAGGUCUACGUCUCCUUCCGCGACAUCACGCUCCUAGCUGGCGAGAUGGGCACGUCUGCAUCAAACAUCCCGGCCUCGCAUCCUGAAGCUACGUCCUUCUCGUUUGACAGGCCGUUUUUAGAGCAGAAGUUCGACCUUGUGUUUUGCGACGGCCAGGUCCUUCGCACGCAUGAGCGCCUCGAGUACCGGGAGAAACGCGAAGCCUCCCGCCUCCUGACGGCCCAGCUCGUCCUCGCUCUCCAGCGGAUCCGCGAGGGUGGGACGAUGGUCAUCCUGCUGCACAAAGCCGACGUAUGGCGGUCCGUGUCCCUGAUGUACACAUUCGCUACUUUCAGCGACAGCGUGGAGUUGUUCAAGCCGCAGAAACCACACGCGUUGCGCUCGUCGUUUUACCUGAUAGCCAAGGGCGUGGGGCCAGAGCUUGAUGCCGCGCUGGAGUCGGUGCGACGAUGGAAGGAGAUAUGGACCACGGCGACUUUUGGGCUAGGCGGUACUGGUGAAGAUGGGUCAGGCGAUGAGGAGUCCGAGGUAGGACAGAGUGGAGAACACGCGGAUGAGAAGGUCAGGGCAGUGUUGCAAGAGUUCGGGCCAAAGCUGGUGAAGAUCGUAGAACCUGUUUUCUCGAUACAGGCGAAGGCGUUGAAGAAUGCGCCUUGGAUGAAGAAGUAGCCCAAUCAAUCAUUAUUUAGUACCUUCCUAUAGUUACAUUGUCAGGGCCGUUGGUGUCCGCGAUGGAAUGGAACUUGAUCCUGC